AUGCGCUUCUCGCUGCUGGCAGCCUUUGUUUCCGCCGUGUACCUUUCCCCACUCGCUACCGUCUUGGCAUCGGGAUCGCUGAUCCCUCCCACUGCAACUAUCGGUCGCUGGUCGAUCGAGCGGCGUCAACUACCCCUUAAUUCCAGCGCAGCGCCAAACGGAAUCUUACCAACGCCUGGGACCUCAUCAUCGAGUACCACCUCAGCGUCUGGCUCGGCAUCUACCUCGGCUUCGACAUCGACAUCGGCGAGCGGUACUAUCAUACCCUUGGAAUCAGUUCUGGCAUGGGCGACGAGUAUCGCCCCGUCCGGACCCACUUUGACGGCAGGCGCACCCGCAUCGUCCUCGGCAGACGCCGGCGCUCUGCCUCCACCGGUCGGCGCGGCCUCGGAGAAGGCGGUCCCGGCAGAUCAGGCGCAAAACAUGACAGCUACGGGAAGGGACGGGCAGGUGAUUAUGAUGAGUAUGAGAGAGACAAAGACCUAUCAGCAGACAUCCGUCGGUAAUAUCACUACGCAUUGCCUGACGAUGACAUCGGACCCAUCGCAGGUCUUCUGUCGAACUCUGCUGAACGAUAAGGUGCUGAGCGAUGGUCCAUCAGUCGCUGUCGCUGCCGCGCCGUCCGCAGCUGCCUCUUCGGUGUCACCAUCGACGUCGAGUAUCCCCUCCUCCGUCUCAUCCCCUCUAUCGGCCAGUCCAUCUUCUCUCGCCUCGGCAUCAGCCACUCCCCUCUCCUCUUCUCCCACCUCAGCGUCGGGACCCUCCUCGACCAUCUCUGCGCCCUCCUCGUCCUCGCUUCCGGCUUGGACAUGGGCGUCCGACGUAUCCGGCGCUGUAUCAGCUAUGGCGGUGUCCACUUCAAGCGGUCCCGCGUUCGCCUCCACAUCGGCGUCGACCAUUCCCAUCACCAGUCAAUCAGCCCAGGCCUCUAGUGUUGGCGCGAUCAACAGCUCACUCUCCGGCCUUUCAGCUAGUCGGAGCAGCAGCACCGUGAGCGACGGCUCUUCUGCCAGCAGCUCUGCUUCGGCAAAAGCCUCAUCCCCAGCGGUCCCGGCGUCAGUCUCGUCCCAAGCGGCCAGCCCCUCGGGUGCGCUUUCCCCAAGCUCGACUUCCACAUCACUCGUCGAUACCAUCACCAUUCCCGCCAGCUCGAGCUCAUCUCCAACUUCCUCCGCAUCAUCACCCUCUUCAUCCGCCUCAUCCACCAUCUCUGCAGCCCUAGCCAACGCCGAAGCCGGACUGACCAAUAACGAAGCCGACGCGUACCCCGGCCAAAAGAUCUCCGUCCUCCCGAUCGGUCUCGGCGUGUUCGGCGGUCUAGUCGGUCUUGCCCUUUGUAUCGUCGGGUAUAUGCUAUACCAGCGCCGGCUGUAUCGAGGGCAGUUUGUGCGGAGGAAGGCGGCGGAGAAGGCUUUGGCGGGACAAGGGCAGGGGAUGGGGUAUGGCGGGGCGUAG